CCACUAUCGUAAACGGAUCAACAAAAUUCAAAAUCUGUUACCCGUGCUUUUGUUUUUGGGCUAUUCACUCACUCACCAUACCCACGUUCUUUCUUCACUGUACUCCAUCCUGGCUAUUGCUUCUAGUCUCAUUCCAUAUGCCUGCUUCAUGCUUUCUCCGUCAGCAUUGAGCAUCAACGUCCAGUCUUUUCACGUCCGCUCUUUUCGCCACCGGCCUUGACAUCCAAGUAUAUGAGGUCGCUCGCUCGCCGACCGAGUUGUAAUACUACGAGGAGUUUUUCUUUUAAUCUCCGUCAGCAUAUACAGCAGGUUCGGUUUCUGGCAGGCGCGUCCAUCAAGCCUGUCGCCUACCGUCUUCCAGUCUCACCGCCACUAUGUCCCACCCUGGGGCUUCCUCUUCGAUAGCUCCUCAACGCAGGACAUCUCUCUUCAUUCCAUGUCGGCCCAAGACAGCUUAUGAGGGUUCGACGGGGGUCGAGGAAUCUCUCCGAAGGCCUGCCACUCGAAUGUCCCUUAUGAUGGCAUCCGCCGCGCACGACGUCUUGGACUGGGGUUCUUUCAAUCGGAAUCAAGAGGAAGCUGGCGAAGGAAACAAUAGCCCCGAGUUUAUUGACCCGUUUUCAAAGCACUCUGGUGAGCCUCAGGUGCUGGAGCCCUCCCGGCAGCGACGAUACUCGACUUUCACCCAGUCUGUGAAGCACAGCAUCUCCGAGAUUCGAUCUCUCACCAGACGUAUGUCGCUGACUGUCCGAGGAAAGAGCUCUAAACAAAAGGAGGAGAUGGGAGAGACCAAGGGACCACAAGUGUUGCCAGUGAAGCCGGGCGCAGGCAUGAUGGAUUUGACCGAAGUGUCCACCAGACCCAAGUCUCGUGGACGGUUAUUGCGAACCCAUAGUGCCCGGAGGAGGCCGUCGCUGCCAUUGCUCCAUUUCCAUACUCCCCCUGAGAUACAAGCAGACAUGGAUAACCCAAUACCUGCACGGUUCCGAGGACACCCCGUUCUGUCGGACCUAGUGUACGGCGGAGCGGAAGCUCGUGCUUCAGCUGCAGCUCAGAACGAAUUGUUCCAUGCCACGAGGACGCCGCCUCUUCCGCCCUAUGAGCCUCCCGAGUCGGAGAUUGACAAGCCUGAACCAGAUGCGGAGAGUGGGAUUGGUAUUGUGCUUGACAACCGAGUCCGGCGUGGGUCUUCGCCGGCAAACGUUCAUGUCAUCUGCAGAGACCCCGUGUCGGUCCUUGCAACAGAGUUGGUGGAGUCGAUCCUCUCAUUCCUUGACGUGGAGUCGCUUAUCCAGGCAUCACUCGUCUCCCACAAAUGGCACGAGCUUUGUCAGUCGCAAGCUGUCUGGAGGAGAAUUUUUCUGCAAGAGUACGGACCCAAAAACGACCUGCCAGGUACCGGCGAGCGUCUUGCCGGACUCGGUAAAAACAAGCCCGGGCAGGACUACAGGAAGUUGUUUGAGGUACGGACUCUGAUCGACAAGCGCUGGCGCAACGGAGAAGCCGCUGCAAUCUAUCUGAAUGGCCACAAAGACAGUGUCUAUUGCGCGCAAUUCGACGAACAGAAGAUCAUUACCGGGUCGCGAGAUAACACAAUUCGGGUAUGGGAUGCUCAUACUUACCAGUGCAUCCGCAAGUUAGGGCCUCCAAACAAUCCUCGCGAACGACAAUCGGUGCAGAUUCCACUGGCGGAACCGGAGGGAGUCGUUCCGUUCUUCAAAGCCUACGUUUCAUCACCAGCGCCACCCUCGCCGGAGAUUCCUCUGUACCACCAAGCAUCAGUGUUAUGCCUGCAGUACGACGACGAAAUUCUCGUGACGGGGUCUUCGGAUUUCUCGUGCCUGGUGUGGUCGAUCAAGGAGGAUUACAAACCGCUGUUCCGGCUCAUUGGCCACCACGCUGGGGUCCUCGAUGUCUGCAUUGACAAGGAGCGGAUUGUCACUUGCUCCAAGGACACCACGAUCAAGAUCUGGGAGCGUUCCACCGGCAAGCUCGUUAAAACGCUGCUGGGACAUCGUGGGCCGGUCAAUGCAGUCCAAGUUCGAGGAAAUUUCUUGGCCAGCGCUAGCGGCGACGGCAUGUCCAAGCUGUGGCGGCUGGAAGAUGGGGUCUGCAUCAAGGAGUUCCAGUCCAAAGAUCGAGGCCUCGCCUGCGUCGAAUUCUCGGAGAAUGGUCGAACGAUUUUCGCGGGCGGUAAUGACCGGGUCAUCUACGAGUACGACACGGUCACCGGCCAACGGAUCCGCGAAAUGAAAGGGCACAAAGACCUCGUGCGGUCGCUCCAUCUCGACUCGGCCAAUUCACGCAUCAUCAGCGGCAGCUACGACCAUUCGAUCAAGGUGUGGGACGCGGAGAAGGGUGAGUCGGCCGAGGACGGCGGGCUCAAGAUCAAUUUCGAGGGGUGGUCGUCGAGUUGGAUACUGGCGGCGAAGAGCAACUACCGCAAGAUUGUGUGCACGAGCCAGGAUGCAAGGGUGGUUAUCAUUGACUUUGGGUAUGGCAUUGACGGAGUUGAUUUGGUCGAGUCAUGAUUCCAAGAUGGCGUUGGUCCAAAUGAUACGACAUAAUCCGCAUUGGUUCAUCAUAUUACGACGUUCAUGACUCGGGAGACGGAACACUGCUACGAGUUGAAAAGCAAAGUUUGCCGGUUUAUUUUGACAAGGGGGAUUCCAAAAGCAGUUUCUUGUGACCUUUUGAGCUGCAAGGUGUUGGUGGAGACUAUGCAAAAAGAGAAUGAUGGACAGGGGCUCCGAGACAUUUCUUACCUUGGAUGGAUCGUUUUCAUUUUCAUUUGUGUUUUGUAUUUUGUUAUGCGCCGUCUCUCACAGCUGUCGCGGUCGGGAAGGCUGACAGCGGAAAUGAGAAGUUUCAGGGGGGCGGCCCUAAUGCAGGGAGAGAUGCAGGAAAGGGAGGUGUCUCAAGAAUGCAAGAUAGAAAGGGCAGCGAGUAAUGCAUUUUGGUCCGACAGAGGAUGGAGCGCAAGGUGAAUAUUGAGGUAGAGUCUGGCGGGUUGUUGAACAUUAUCCAUGACUGUAUUGCCUGCACCGACAAUAUGCCCACCGUGGCCUACCUACGUAGGUCCUAGCAGUGAAUGACACCUGACUCUGGUAUGCGAGAUACGGUAUCAUUACAGCGGCAACAGCGGAUAAGAUCAAGAUCGUGGCAACCAAAGGACGUCAUUGUGUUUACGCAGAUGCAGUGCUGGGGCCAAUCGGCUGGGGCGUGUUAAGCGAGUUCUGUUCCCUUGUAUGCGAAGGCGCAUUGUUCAUUUUUCGACAGGGAACAGCAGAAUAUUGGCUGGGCGGCGGAUUCUGG